AUGGCAUGCGUCAGCGUACGGAAGAAUAAGGUUGCAGAAGUCAGUGUCGGGGCACCCCAUGUUGUGUGUCGGGCGUUGGCGCCUAUUCAGACUACGAGGCACGUGCGUUGCGUUGGCACGGCCAAAACGCUGAACACAAAGCUUGGUCGCCACGAGGCAACCUACGACCUACCAGACGUGGACUUGGAAUCAGUUGACACCGUCAAAACGCUCAGCAGAAAGCUUAGUUGCCAUGAGGCAGGUUACGACCUACGAGACGUGCGUUUGGCGCAGAUGGUAGCGUGCAUUGUAUUGCGGCUGCUGUGGCACGACGCAUAA